GCGAUUGACAUCAUGGAGAAGCAAGGCGCAUUCGUCGCAGACCGGCCUCGUUCGGUCGCUGGCGGUGACAUCCUCGGGAGAGGAAUGCGAUUCGUCCAACUUCGCUAUGGAGAAAGGUUCCGCAAAUUUCGCAAAAUUACGCAUUCGCACCUCCAAGUGAAGACUGCUCAGACUUACGAGCCGAUACAGUUCGCGCAUGCACGUGAGAUUAUUCAGGACAUACUGCACGAGCCCAAGUUGCACCAGCAGCAUAUCAAGCGUUACGUAGCAUCUGUAAUUAUGCAUGUUGUCUAUGGGAAAACAACCCGCACAUCACUUGAUGACCCGUAUCUACUGCGGCUGCAAAGGAUGGUCCCAAGGAUUCAGAGCGCGAUGGCACCAGGCGCGUACCUCGUUGACAAGUACCCCAUCCUCAAAUAUGUCCCUGGUUAUGGCCGAGAUUUGAAGCAGUGGGGACAGGAAGAAUACAAUAUGUUAUCUGGCCAGUUCAAGUGGGUUAAAAGUGAAGUGGAAAGCAACAUUGCUCCCCCUUCAGUUACAAAGGAUCUCCUCCUACACUCCGACGAAAACAAACUGUCUGAGGCAGAGAUAACAUAUAUCACUGGGUCCCUUGUCGGAGCAGGCUCCGAUACUACUGCUGUCGGGACUUCAACGGUGUUAAUGGCUGCUGCAUGUUUCCCACACGCACAGGCUCGCGUACAUGAGGAGCUGGAAACUGUGGUUGGUAGAGAGACCCCUCCCACUUUUGAGGACUGGUCGCAGCUUGUUCAGGUUCAAGCCUUCAUUCUGGAAGCUCUUCGAUGGAGGCCUAUCAAUCCAACAGGAUUCCCGCACCGCGCAACGCAAGAUGUAAUUUGGGUAUGUCGCACAAAAUCACAAAUCAAAUCUGAGUUCAUCAUCAUCGCAGAACGGCAUGUGCAUCCCUGCUGGCGCCAUCGUGCAUCGGGACGUGACCCCUCUGUCUUUCACGAUCCAGAAGUAUUCAAUCCACAACGAUGGAUCGGUUCAGACGGAGAAAUCAGAGAGGACAUGAAGAUAUUCACUUUUGGUUUUGGAAGGACGGUAGUGCAUAUUGCUAGACGAUCAGUGUAUAUCGCCGUCGCUCUUAUGUUCUGGUCCUUCACGGUGGCAGAAGACCCCAAUAAUCCCAUCGACGAUACUGCUUUUACCCCUGGUGUGGUAUCUCACCAGAUGCCUUUCAGCCUG